AUGGGGGCAAAAGGAUUUCGACCUAAUACAGUUACUUGCAGAACGAUUAUAAAUGGGUUGUGCAAAACAGGGAACACCACCGCAGCUAUUAAGUUGGUUAAGAAGAUGGAAGAGAGAAAUUGGGAAACCAAUGUCAUUGUCCAUAACAUGAUCAUUGACAGUCUUUGUAAGGAAAGAUUGGUUGCUGAGGCUUUUGACUUCUUUUCGAAAAUAAUACAUAAAGGCAUUUCUCCAGAUGUUAUUACUUACAACUUCUUAAUCCUUGGCCCAUGCAAUUCAAACCAGUGGAGAGAGGCUACAAAAUUGUUAAAUGAAAUGGUGAACCGAAAAAUCAAACCGAAUGUAAGAACCUUCAAUAUAUUGGUGGAUGCAAUUCGUAAGGAAGGGAAGGUUGUAGAAGCAGUAGAAAAAGUUGAAGGGAUGAUGCAAAGAGGUGUGGAGCCUAAUACAGCAAAGAAGAUACUUGAUUCGAUGGUUGGUAAGGGUUGUGCCCCUAAUGUUCAGAGCUAUAACAUCCUGAUUAAUGGAUAUUGUAAGAAGCAAAGAAUGGAUGACGCUUUGAGACUUUUUCACGAAAUUUCCCAGAUGGGAUUGGUCGCUGAUACUGUUACAACACUCUUUUUGGUGGUUUCUGCCAUGCAAGAAAACCUCUAG